UUAUUAUUUAUUAGUGGUUCGUAGAUGAUUCUCAUCUGACUGCAUGCAUAUAUAUAUAAUGCACUAAUGCACACAUGCACAUAACCUAACCUUAUUUCAGAAACCGAUUCGAAUAAGUCAAUGGAAUAUAAACACUGGGACUCACGCACAUAUUUAUUUAUAAAGCUCAGUUUUAGAUAAAUUUUGGAUUCAACAAUUUUUAUAAUUAAUUAUAAAAAUUAGAUGAGAACCAUCAUCUCGAUAAAUUUAAUCAGUCAAUUUUAACAUUAUGAUGAAGAUACCUAGUGCAAUAACGCUGCAAAAUAUUAUAGAGUUAGAUAAAUUAAGACGAGAAAUGGAUGUUCGUCUGCGAUUGAUUAUAUACAGAGAUAACAUGAUUUUCAACGAUAUCAUUGUCAGAUUACAAACUGUAUGUAAAUACGAUAUCAGUGAACGAUUCAAAGGACCUACAGGAGAUAAUGUUGAACAUACAUAUAAAGAUAUAGCAAAGCCAGUUUGUUUAUGUGCGAAGGGACUGAAUUCCUACCUCGUUUCAGCCUACAUUGUAACGCUAUCAAAAUCAUUUGUUUAUCGUAAAAGUGCUAUAAAAGUGUUGAAAACAUUUCUGCAGACAUGUAAUAACUUAGCAUUUGAUGAAGGAUAUUUACAGAUAAUAUUUAUAAGAUUAAGAAUGCCGAAGAAACAAUUUUUAGAUUACAAAUGGAACAGAAGAUUAAUACAAAUAGUUCAAGAAAAGCAAGAAGCUGAUUGUGCUAUGUCUUGGUUGUCCACAUUGGGAGGAGCAUUUUCUGCAUUGGGGGAAGAAUUUGACCAUUGUGCUGAAAUGGCAGGCAAAAUUUCAGUGAGACAAUUUGAAUUAGCAUUACGCCUUGAUAAUCCUCUUCUUAUUGCUCGCUGCAGAUUAUAUUCUGCUUUAAGCUUAAUUCAACGUGGUUGCUUUACUACUCCAAAAUAUAUGAUACGAAGAAUUUACAAAUUUGCACUCAGAGAGAAGGAUGUGCGUCUGCAAAACAUGUGUCGAGGUGUCUGGGCCAAAUUGCAAUUUAGUUAUGAACAAUACAAACAAGAGAAAUCUGUAUCCCUUAAAACUUUGCAUAUAUCUUUAAAAACAUAGGAAAUUUAAACUUUGUAUGUGCUUUUUUAAACAUAAUAAUAUAUUACCUAUAUUUUGCAACCACA